AAAAACCUGAACAACUUUCAAUCUUUAGGAUGGAACUUUCAUUUCAAUCUCUGAAAAUCGCACAUCAAGCCCGAGAAGCGGAUGAACAAAGGACAGAGAUGAGGAGGAAGAAGCUCCUUGUGUUGAUUUACUACCAUCUGCUGGGACAAGGAUAUACAUCAGCAGCAGCAGGUUUGGACCAGGAGACAAAUGGAGGUCUAAGGAAUUUUGAGGUUUGCGAUAACAUCGAUCUGGACAUGGUACUGAUGGAAUAUGAGAGUUAUCAAUAUGUCAAGUUCCAGAAGUAUCCCAAACUGAUCAGAAGAGUUGCAGAACCAGGAGAAAACAAACAUGGGAAAAAUAAUUCAGUGAAGAGGACAUCCUGUUCAGCUGUGAGGCUUCUUCCCAAAAUCACCUCCUCCUCCGGUUCCCAGUCUGGAAACGUAGCCAAGAUGGCGGCCACCAGCGAAAAUGGAACCACUGUGGCAGUGGAGUCAUCAGAGUUUGGUCUCAAUGUUUUCUCCAUCAAGAAAGUACCAGCUGAGGAGGCUGCCAUUGUCAGGAAGGAGCGGCUGCUGAAGCCUCUCAGCGGCUUUUCUGUGACAGGCGAUGAGAUGAGGGAACUGGCUGAAAUCAUCAGCAGGGACAUCUAUCUGCACAGCCCCAAUGUCCGGUGGGAGGACAUCAUCGGUCUGGAGGAUGCCAAACGAUUAGUGAAAGAAGCUGUUGUUUAUCCCAUCAAGUAUCCCCAGAUGUUUACUGGCAUCUUAUCUCCAUGGAAGGGCAUGCUGCUCUAUGGCCCCCCAGGGACGGGUAAGACCCUGCUGGCCAAAGCCGUGGCUACAGAGUGCAAGACCACCUUCUUCAACAUCUCAGCCUCCAGUAUCGUCAGCAAAUGGAGGGGCCACUCGGAGAAACUGGUCCGGGUUCUGUUUGAGCUGGCCAGGUACCACGCCCCAUCCACCAUCUUCCUGGAUGAGCUGGAGUCAGUGAUGGGCCAGAGGGGGGCCAGCUUGGGGGGGGAGCAUGAGGGGAGUCGGAGAAUGAAGGCAGAGCUGCUGGUUCAGCUGGAUGGACUCGCCAGAUCAGAAGACCUGGUGUUUGUACUCGCUGCCUCCAACCUGCCUUGGGAACUGGACCACGCCAUGCUGAGAAGGUUAGAGAAGAGGAUCCUGGUGAACCUUCCCUCCUCACCUGCCCGGCAGGCCAUGAUCUCUCAUUGGCUGCCUCCUCUCAGCUCUGUAGGAGGGGUGGAGCUACGGACUGAGUUGGACUAUAAAAGGCUGGCAGAGGAGAUGGAGGGAUACUCUGGCUCAGAUAUCAGGUUGGUGUGUAAGGAGGCGGCCAUGAGACCAGUUCGCAAGAUCUUUGAUGUGCUGGAGUCACAUCAGGACGCAGACGGCGCCAUGCCGGCCAUUCAGCUGGAAACUGUUACCACUGAUGACUUCUUAGAGGUGAUAACACACACCAAGCCAUCAGCCCAAAGCCUUAUAGAGGAAUACACUGCCUGGGAAAGAGAGUACAAGUCCGUCUGAUAGACACAGAGACUUUCACAGCAAUGUCACGUCUGAAUGAAAAACCUCUUACAUGUGCUGUUUUACAUGAAGAGGGACAUGACAAGACACUGGGAAAAUGUGUAUUAACUUGAGCUUUUCCUAAGCUUUAUACUGGAACUAAAGGAAUGUUGUCCGGCUAAACAGAUGAUAAUCCUGGUCCUCUGAGCUCAGGUCUCUGUUUUAUAAGCUGUUUGCACAAAAAAUUAAAUAAAGCUUAAAGGAAUGAGUUUAACAUGGAUUUUUUUUA